AGGAGGAGGAGGAGGAGGGGGGGGGGGUGUGUGUGUGUGUGUGUUCCUCUCCCGUGCACUUCACCCUCCCACCCUGGGUGUUCCGGGACCAUGUGGCUGAGUCCCGAGGAGGUGCUGCUGGCCAAUGCGCUGUGGGUAACGGAGCGGGCGAACCCUUUCUUCGUGCUGCAGCGGCGGAAGGGUCAUGGUCGCGGCGGCGGACUGACGGGGCUGCUGGUGGGGACCCUCGAUGUUGUUCUGGACUCGAGUGCGCGAGUCGCCCCCUAUAGGAUCCUCCAUCAGACCCAGGACUCCCAAGUGUACUGGAACAUUGCGUGUGGUACCUCCAGGAAGGAGAUCACUGGACAUUGGGAAUGGCUGGAGCUCAAUCUCCUACAGACGCUGUCAGUAUUUGAGAAUGAAGAGGAUGUGACGACCUUUGUCAAGGGGAAAGUUCAGGGUAUCCUCGCUGAGGAAAACAAAAAUAAAGAGGUGAAGGAGGACGAGGAUUCCGGAAAGUUCAAGGAGGCGGAAUUAAAAAUGAGGAAAUUGUUUGGAAUGCCAGAAGUGGAGAAGUUGGUGAAUUACUACUCGUGCAGUUACUGGAAGGGCAGAGUCCCUCGCCAAGGCUGGGUUUAUCUCAGUGUCAAUCACCUCUGCUUCUACUCCUUCCUACUAGGAAAGGAAGUGAAGCUGGUAAUUCGAUGGGUUGACGUGACCCAGCUGGAAAAGAACGCUACCCUUCUCUUCCCUGAAUGCAUCAAGGUGAGCACCAGAGACCGGGAACACUACCUGUCCAUGUUCCUCAACAUCAACGAGACCUUCAAGCUGAUGGAGCAACUGGCCAACAUAGCCAUGCGGCAACUGCUGGACAACGAGGGCUUCUCCGAAGACAAGUGUCUGCCCAAGCUCAAGAAGUCACUCAAAAAUGUCUCCGCGCUUAAACGGGACUUGGAUGCUCGGGCCAAAAGUGAGCGUUACAGAUCCACGUUCCAGCUCCCAAAGGAUGAGAAAUUGGAUGGGCACACGGAGUGCACUCUCUGGACCCCCUUCAAUAAAAUGCACAUCGUGGGACAGAUGUUUGUCUCCAAUAAUUACAUCUGCUUUGCUAGUAAAGAGGAGGAAGUCUGCAAUCUAAUUAUACCGCUGCGUGAGGUGACUAUUGUGGAGAAGGCAGAUAGCUCCAGUGUGCUACCCAGCCCUCUGUCGAUCAGUACCAAGAACAAAAUGACUUUCCUUUUUGCUAACUUAAAGGACAGGGAUUUCUUGGUGCAGAGAAUCUCGGACUUUCUCCAGCGGACACCGUCCAGGAGACAUCACAGCAAGGAAGAGCUACGAAACCCCAGAAGCACAGAGAAUGAGGUUUUCCUGGAACAGUGUGAAGUGUCCUCACCCGGCCCCUCUACCCCAAGUCCAGGGGUCAUCUUGGACAACACCGAAGCCGCCCCCACUGCCACACAUGCGCUGAUGACCAUCUUCCGAAAAGAGCCACUAGAGGAACUCAGCUCGAAGAUGGCUAAGGAGAAGAUGAAGGAGGAAUCCUGGAACAUUCACUUCUUUGAAUUUGGCCGCGGGGUGUGUAUGUAUCGCACGUCAAAGACCCGUGAUCUUGUGCUGAAGGGGAUGCCGGAGUCCCUGAGGGGAGAACUGUGGCUGCUGUUUUCAGGUGCUCUGAAUGAAAUGGUGACACACCCAGGGUAUUACUCGGAUCUGGUGCAGGAGUCUACAGGGAAGUGUAACCUGGCCACCGAGGAGAUUGAGAGGGAUCUGCACCGCUCGAUGCCCGAACACCCGGCCUUCCAGAACGAAAUGGGCAUUGCUGCCCUGCGGAGGGUCCUGACUGCCUACGCGUUCCGCAACCCCAACAUUGGGUACUGCCAGGCCAUGAAUAUUGUCACCUCAGUCCUGUUACUGUACUGUAAUGAAGAAGAGGCUUUCUGGCUCCUGAUUGCACUCUGCGAGCGGAUGCUGCCUGAUUACUACAACACCAGGGUGGUCGGCGCACUGGUGGAUCAGGGUGUGUUUGAGGACCUGACACGGGAACAUCUUCCCCUCCUCUAUGAGUGGAUGCAGGAGCUGGGCGUCAUCAGCACCAUCUCUCUCUCCUGGUUCCUGACACUCUUCCUCAGUGUCAUGCCGUUUGAAAGUGCCGUGGUGGUGGUUGACUGCUUCUUCUACGAGGGGAUCAAGGUUAUUUUCCAGGUGUCUCUCGCUGUGCUGGAAGCCAACAUGGAGAAGCUGCUGAAUUGCUCUGACGAGGGGGAAGCCAUGACCAUUCUCGGCAGGUACCUGGACAAUGUUUGCAACAAGCAGAGUACAUCGCCUCCAAUCCCACACCUGCAUGCUUUACUCACCAAUGGCGAUGAUGUUCCACCACAAAUCGACAUUUUUGAACUGAUUAAGUCAUCAUAUGAGAAAUUUGGAUCGAUCAGAGCAGAUGCGAUUGAACAGAUGCGAUUCAAGCAGAGACUGAAGGUCAUACAGACGCUGGAGGACACAGCCAAACGAAGUGUGGUGCGCGCUAUUCUGACAGAAACUGCUUUCAGUAUCGAGGAGCUGGAGGAACUCUACUUACUUUUCAAGGCCAAGCACUUGAUGAGCUGUUAUUGGGGUGGGAGCAGCAGUGCAGCUGAGAGACAUGACCUCAGCCAGCCAUACCUGGAGCAGUAUCGCAUUGAUUCGGAGCAGUUCAGGGAACUCUUCGUGGCUCUUUCACCAUGGACUUGUGGAUUGCAUUCUCAGGUCCUCGCCGGGCGCAUGUUCCGCCUCUUGGAUCAAAACAAAGACUCGCUCAUCAGCUUCAAGGAAUUCGUCACUGGGCUGAGUGGAAUGUACCAUGGGGACCUCAUAGAGAAGCUGAAGCUGUUGUACAAACUUCACCUGCCACCAGCUCUUUGGCCAGAGGAGGAGUCGGCACUAGAAGCUGCUCAGUAUUUCACCGAAGAUCCUUUAGCUGAUGUGUCUCAUGCAACAUACCUCUUGUCAGACAUGGAUUUCCUCCUCAGCUAUGGGGCUUCAGAUCUGGCUGCAGGAGGGGAGGCGAGUGGACAACAGGUGCAAGAGGAUGCUGGAAACGGGAAUGUAAAGCAAAUGAAAGAUGAGAAGAUUGGUUCCCAAGAUUACAGAUACCACCUGAGGAUAUGGGCUCGUGAGAAAGAAAACCCAAAGGAGAACAUCAAAGAGUUAACCAAAAUGAACCAGGAACAGUUUAUAGAGAUGUGUAAAACCUUGUACAACAUGUUCAGUGAGGACCCUGCUGAGGGGGAGCUCUACCAUGCCAUAGCAACCGUUGCUACGCUGCUGCUGCAGAUCGGAGAAGUCGGCAAACAGUUCUCCAGCCCGGCAUCUAGGAGGGCAAGUGACAUGGGGGACCACAAGGGGUUGGGUGUCCAGAGUAAGGAGGGGGUCUCUGCAUCGGAUCAGGCAAAGACUGAAGCAGCUCAGCCCAAACCCAAAGCAGAUUGUGAGUCGGACGUUUUAAGUGACGCUUUGAAGACCCAGAUGGAACGCAUGAAGCUGGCCGAGUCUGUGGCCACAAAGCGGGAGGCCUCAGCAGCGCAGUUAUUCUCUGAUGAGGAGCUGAGGGAUGACACUUCAAUGUCCUCGUACUCCAUGGUGAGUUCUGGCUCCCUCCCAUGCGAAGACAUCUCUGAGGACACAGUCCUAGUCGGCUGCGAGCGCGCAGUGGGAGCUCAUGGGCGACCCAGCACCGUUGACACGGAUUGGUCCAUCUCUUUUGAGCAGAUUCUGGCCUCCGUGCUGACCGAGCCAGCCCUGGUCGGGUUCUUCGAGAAACGGGUGGUCGUGGGGCCCAAGAUUGCAAAGUGCAAGAGUCAAAGGGUGAUGGAACGGCAGGUCAGCUCGUCCAGUGACCAGGAACUAUCGCCAUCGUCCAGCUGACUCUAAACCGCCUCCACCCUCCCCCACCCCCCUCCCAAUCUUGACGAUGUGGAGAACUUGGCGUCGAUCUCGCUGUCCUACCUGGGCCAUAUUUUUAACCCAUGUAACCACCAUGUGCUAGAAAUUUGUAUUUACUCUAGAGGGGGAUUUCCGGGCUGUGCCCUUAAUUGGUUUGCACUUGCCUGUGGGCAAAACCCACUGCCUCUUCAAGUCAGAGUGUAAGUCCUGCUCAAGCCAGAGACUCAGCUGUUGACGGUACCUAUAGAUAGAGCUGAUCUCUGUCUCAGUGAUUCACCUACCUUGAAGAACAAUCCUAAAACGCCCUCUUCAGCGACAGCAGAGGCACUGGGUAGUCACUGGCACCGGUUCCCCGUGUUCAGCUUCGCAUUCUUGUUCCUAAAGACAAAUGUUGUAUGUAUAAGUGACAGACACAGAAUGUAGAAUCUAAAGAGAAACUAUUUUAUAUUCCGGUUUUAUUAACACAGUUUGAUUAUUCCUCAAGCAUGGCUAUGCUGCAGACACCUCUUGGUUGCUUGCUGCUAACAGCUUGUGGAGCAGACUUCAGUUGUAAAAGCUAUUUGCACCUAUAUCUGUUGCUCUUUGAAAGUACCUUCUAUGUCAUGCUGACUAAUAAGUUGCCUCCCUGUAGUCGGAUGUCGUAGGAAUCUGCACAUGUGUUUUUACGGUGGGUCUGAAUUACUUGGGUUGAAUCUGGGAUGAAAAGGAGAUGGAGUCGGAAUAGACUGAGCUUUAACACUGAACAAAGCUAUGAAGAAAUGACCAGAUCAGUAUUCUGGAACUUGGGAGGGGGGUUGAUGGAGGGGACACAGUAUUUGAAUCCGAACCUUUCAGUAUUUUUAGAUUGUGGGUUGAGUAUUAAUUAAACAAGGCCAAGUUCAAGAUAUUCUAGAGUAUUACAUUCAAACACUAUGGGUCGGAGAGGAUGGAACUAAAAUCAAAGCCAAAGUCACUGCAAGGUGAACAUUUGCUCAUUUUUACCCUUUGGAUUUUGAUUGUAAUUAAUUGUGGGUCACUGAGAUUCACAAGCUGUGGAUCUCUGGCAGUUCACAGGCUUAGUGGUACUUUUGAUCUUAUCAGAUUUAAUUUAUUCGGGACGGUCUGGAAUUGUGUUGAGAAUCAUGAGGGUUGAAAUCAGAUUGUGGUGAAAUAACGAACCGUGACUACUGAAGAAUUUUUUUAAGAAGAGAUUUGCUGGGCGUCCUGUCUGAUUGACCUUUCGCCCAGGGCAUUCUGUUACUGUGACCCAAGUGGCUUUUCGGUAAGUUUGCAAGUAAGGCCAGACAGGUAGUGAUAAUGGAGCAUUUUACUGGGAUGCUGGGGCACAGGAGGAGAAGUGGAGCAUUAGAGCCAAGCCUCAUCUGUGUCGCAGGUGCACACCCACACAAACACGUGCCCAAUUCUCCUUCCGGGCUAAGGGCCCUGGUUCUGUUAGUUUUUACCACCAACGGUCUGAGCACCGCGAGAAAGGUUUUACCCAGCCCUGAGCUAUGUUUUUUAGUUCCUGUUUUCUCAGAAUGAUCUAUUUUUCCAUACAUUGUUACUCAAUAAUCACCCUCCUGACUCCUUUAACUAUAAUCAAAAGUAUUUUCCCAUUAAACUUCAUGGGUUUCUACACAUGAAAUGACAUAGCACAGAAGGAAGACACUUGGUUCAUUGUGAAUGUGCUGACUCUCUUUUUGAAAGAGUUUAGCGAGAGCAGGUGAUUUAUUUUAAUCUGUAAAUGUAUUCAUAAAUUAAUAUUCAGGAGCUAGUCUAUUUAAAAUUACUUUCGUGAGCAGCUCCCUGUUCUAAAUUAAAAUUGAUCUUUCUUAAUAGCAUUUCUUUUCUUGGAAAGUUAAUUGGCUAAUGGACGGUGAAAAGCACAGAUUCUGUUUCAUCCAACCAUCUGUCACACUGCAAUUCCAAUAGUGUUAUGGCAGUCGGAUAAGGUAGAUGUAACACUGAAAGUCCUCCCUCCUUCUAUUUUACUCCCUAUGAAAAGACAAUUGUAGCAGUAUUUUAACAAAAAAAUGCUGGAAAUGCACAAAAUUGAUCUUUCUCAACUGUGAAGAAGAAGAGACAGGCUUUGGGUCAGGCUGUAAACUCCGUUCUGACAAAAUGACGUUUCCUUUUCAGUUUCUAUUUAUGAACAUACCAAUUAGGAGUAAGAGUAUUUCUGGUCUCCCAUUUGUGCAGUUUAUGUUCAUGUUGGGAUUCGAUAUACAGGAGGUUUACUUCAAAAGUUGAACUGUCCCUGUCCCCUUCUCUCCUAUUUCUGAUUGUAGACUUGUGUCGGCAGUAUUUGUAUUGGGAUUGUAGCUGCAUUCCUAACUCACUGAGCAUCCGCACUUUCUUCUCAAGGGAGUGAGUCCACUGACCCCCGAGCCUCUUACUAAAAUCAGUCAGCAGUAGAGAGAAGCCAGUGGCUUUUCAUUCUCAAAUACUUAGCAGUUUGAUAUAAACAUUAGCGUUAGGUUAAAUAAAACAAAAAUAAGCUGUAAAAGUUUGAGAAUUACCCAUUUCUUCCAAUUGUACUUUACUAUCAACCCCACUGGGAGCAAUAAAAUAUUACAUAAGUAAAAGUUCUCGGCAACACAUCUCAUUCUUUUGAUUUUUACAAUUCGUGGAUUCCAAAAAUAGAUAAAAGCAUGAUUUUACAAAAUACUUGAGCCAGGUAGUCACUUUAAUACUUCAUCUUGGUCGUGAAAUGUUAGAGUGGAGAGAGGUUGAAACCAUUUGUGUUGUGAUGUGAGUAGUUUACAAAUUCCCUUCCUGUUGUCGGCCUGAUUUUUGUUUGUUAGCUGAUUUACAUUCCCAUUGUUCGAGAGAAGAUGUUGGGGGAGUUGAGGAUUAUAGAUAAAAAAAAUAUCAGGGCUAACACUAUGUAGCCUCAUCUCCAACCUUGAUGUCAUCGGUGUCCAGACUAGGAGAUUACCAAAUCUGAAUGAAUAUAUACCUGAGCAAAGUACUGCGGAUGCUGGAAAUCGCAAAUAAGAGCUAAAAAAAAAACUGGAAAAUCACAGCAGGUCAGGCAGCAUCUGUGGAGAGAGAAACAGAGUUAAGGUUUCAGGACAAUGACCUUGCAUCAGAACUCUGAUGAAAGUUCUGGAAAGGUUACCAUCCUGAAAAGUUAAUUCUGUUUCUCUCCACAAGUGCUGCCAGACUUGCUGCAUUUUUCCAGUUUUUUUUUGUUCUUAUUUUUGAUGCAUACCAUCCAACUGUCCCACCCUCCCCCACCGCCUAAUCCCCUCUCCUGCCUUCAUUGGCUGUCAAAGUUGUCCAACCUUGCAACCCCCUACCUUCCUACAUCCAAUCAGAGAGUGAACAGAUUCCAAUACCCAAGUGGAUGAUUCCUGACGGUCAAUCAAAUGGGCCAUUUUCCCAUCUCAAAUUUUUUAAAUAACUAUUAAACAAUAUUGUUUAAAGAAAAUUGUUUUUAAAAAAAAAAAACAUUUUUCUUUCGUUUGACGCUACCCAGGAUGUUUUUGGCAGUAGUACCCCGGAAAUUAUUCCUCAGUGCUUGGUGACUCCAGAACAGUGCUGGUGUGCAGACAUGUGAUGAGGUGAAUUACUUCCUUUUGUGCCAUAACCCAAAUGAGAACACUUCCAAGUUAUUGCAUCUGCGUAAGCCUACGUUUGUUUUUUUUUAAAAAGUAGUUGCCAUGCAAAUUCAAUCAGUUUUCACCUAGGUUUAUUAAAACCUCGGAAUUUAUUUAUUUCUGCAUUUAUUCUCGAGUUUCCAAACCAGCCUCCGAGUUUCAGUUUCCAUGGAAACAGUUGGGAUAAAUUAAAGCAAAAUACUGCGGAUGCUGGAAACCUGAAAUAAAAUCAGAAUAUGUUGAAAAUACUCAGUAGCUCCGGCAACACCUGUGGAGAGAGAAACAGUUAAUGUUUUGGGUCCAAUAUGACUUCAGAAAGUUUGGGGGGUAAAAUGGCCUGGGCAGCCCUUUUUUUUCUUCUUGAGGAGGGUAAAAAAGACAUUGCUGCAGUAAUUUCUCACGGCAGUUUGGUGAAAAUAACUCACGUUAUAAUUGACCCAUUAGAACAACUUUGGUUUAUUUCUUUGGAUGUAAAGCAGAAGCAGGGUCAAUUUGCAACUACAUACUCUUUUUCGUAGCAGAGGUGGUAUGGUACUUGGAAUCGAAAUUUCACUUUCCGAAAGUGCUCAGCGGAGAACCUGUUUGCAAAUGGCGCUUCAUGCAAGGGGUUAACACUAGUCGAAUAAUGAAAACCGAGACCCCUGGCAAAUUUAUGCAAAGUUCCUAUUGCUCUUAAUUAUCUAUAUCUUUGGAAUUCUGGGUCUAUUAAGUGUCCCUUAAUUACGAUGAUUCACUGAGUAGUCUUAAUUGCAUCCUUGGCUGUCGAUUAAUUUAUUUUGGAUGGAAGGCAGACAUAAUUGGAGUUUUUUGUUAUUAUUGUACUGGCGUUGGUGUUAUUGUAUUGGUCUGAUUACUGGACCAGGACUGAAUUAAAAUCGAAAUUUAGCACUUUAA